GGCACCGCGCAUCUCGUGAAACAAACAUCGGAGACCCUGGAAUAUUAAUACAUAAACUGAAAGAAAAACAAUUUGUAACUAUGGAAGUGCCCUAUUCUUAUAACGGCAAGACGCACACGCCGAUUCCUUCAGGGAAAUUUGUGGUUGGCUGUACCGAUGUGGUAGAAGACGGUUGUUUACUGCGCCUCUUUUAUCCUACUAACCUCCAAAAUAUCUAUGAAAACUCUGCCCGAUGGGCAAAUUGGAUACCCCAUCGCAAGUACGUAGAGGGUUACGCAAUCGUUCGCAGAUUGAUCCCACGGCUUGGCAAAAUACUCAUAUCAUGGGCAUUCGGAAAGCCUUACAUCCCUGUAGUGAUGGACGCAGAGCCAUGUACUAAACAGCAAUUUCCCGUCAUUGUUUUUUCACACGGUCUGACUGCAUGUCGAACGACCUAUUCCACUUUCUGUUCAGAUGUUUCUUCCCAUGGAUUUAUAGUGGCAGCCAUCGAACACAGAGAUGGAUCUGCUUGUAUGAGUUACAGCAUCGAUAAAGAAGCAAAUAAAGGUCCUCUCAUGAAAUGGAUUCCCUACAAGCCAAUGCAAUUUGAAAAGGAUGAUAUGCCAUUACGCCAACAACAAUUACAAAUUCGCAUCGGAGAAUGCAGUCAGACCCUCGAUUUGCUUUUCAAACUCAACGAGGGAACUGAACACACACCGCAAUCUUCAGUGAAUCUCGGAGCAUUCAAGAGCGUGAUGGAUUUGAGCUCGCCAGUCAUUGCGGGACAUUCUUUCGGUUCGACUACGCUGCUCAGAACAUUGGCCACCGACAAGCGCUACAAAAUUGGAUUGGCCAUGGAUGCGUGGAUGUGGCCGCUAAAAGACGAACUAGAACUAACUCGAAACAUUCAACAGCCCGUUUUGUUUGUCAACUCGGAAACGUUUCAAACUUCGGCCAACCUCGAGAUCAUGAAACGUUUCGUAGCGGAUUACGCGGAACGUAGUGUCCUUACUCUGAGAGGAAGCAUUCACGAUAAUCAGAAUGACGUGCCCUAUUUAUUGCCUUGGUACAUCCGUCGUUUUACUUAUCAUUCCGCCGUCCAUCCCUUGCUGGCCAUACAGUUGAACAAUUGCAUUUCAUUGGGUUACCUUCGUCAAUCUUUGGGACAUCCGCUGGAUGACGAACAUCCAAAGCUGUUGGAGCAUUACGCACAAUGGAUUUACCAUGGAAUUCCCUAGUGCAAUCAUUCGCUAAUGAGAGGAUCACACAUCUUUUUUUCUCGCAUAAAGCUCUUAAAAUAUCCGUAUUUUCACAAAAUGUUUUGUUUCAUCCUACCGUCAACAAACAGCUGCCAUUCGACUCAAAUAGUUUCGAACCGAUCCGAGCGCAUCUGGAAGGAUCCCCCCGCCCCGUUAUCGACCUAGGAUGUGUACUGUCAUAGCUCUGCUCCCGAGAAGAAGAGUGACACAAAACAACAUGCCUCGUAUAUGUGUGUACAACUCGUAAUCAGUUGCUCACGCAGAGCUUUAUGAUGGCGAGUUGUCUUCAUGUACAAUCAAGUCUCUCAGAGUACGAGGCUACAAAGCGUAUUAUUACAAAGCACAUAGACUCUCUCUAUCUCUCUUUUUGACUCUGUAGACAUAGUGUGUUGCGUAAUUAGACACGAAAUGCGUUGGCCAAAAAGCGCCAAGCCAAUCGCAUGUUCUUUAGACUGAUGGAAACAAUUUCCGUCUUUGAUUGAUUCGCUAAAAAAAUACAUCAAAAGACUUGGAAUAACGUGAGUCAAUGCAUAUGAUGACACACAACGUACUGGGCCUGCUUACUAUUUUCUGAGACAUUGUCUAUUGUUCGCAGCUUUCCAUCCGAUGAAGACGGACAACGAACGUUACGUUUCCCAAAUGAUUUAUUGAAUUCCUUUGCCCCAGUUGGCCACGAAGAUUCAAUCACAUU